AUGGCAACUGCAUCAUCGUCAGUACCGCUACUCUAUUCUGUAUUGACUUCAUCUCAUGAUAACAAUGAGGAUUUUGUCAAUCAAUUGCGAAAUCAUCUUAAUCAAAUUGAAACAAAUGUUCAACAAAGUUUAAGUCAAAUUCAACAACAUAAACCGUAUACCUCACUUAAAGCAGCUACUAAUCCAGUUGAUUCAACAAUGAGAAAUAAAUUUUUUACCAUACUCCGAGAUGUGGCAUCAAAGAAUAAUUUACCAUUUGAUGAAUCCUUAUUUCGUCGACAAAUUUUAGAUAAACAAGAUUCAUCGACAUCAUUAAAGGUUGAUAUUGUUCGAGCUACACCAACUCUUACCAAUGAUAAUAAUGAUCAACAUUUAUCACCCGUUAAUAAUACUCGUCGAUCUCAAUUUGCUCCUGUUCUUAGCAGUACACCUGUACAUCAAACAAGUCCAAUUACACCGAUUCCAAUUGAUCUUACAAUGGCUACUCCAUCAGUUGCACCCGUUUUAACAAAAACUACAGAUGCUCUUUCAACCGUUCUACCAUCAGCUAUUGUUCCGCAGCGAGCUAAAGUAGGACGUACAGGUGGCCGUCCUCCACGUAUACCACGUGGUGAAUCAGUAAUACGUGAAAAACAUAAUACAUCAAAUAUAAAAGAACAACAGGAAGAAACGAUUCUUGCAAAAGAAGUUUACAUUUCGUCAAAACGUCAAAUCAAAGGAAAUGAAGAAAUAAUUGAAGAAAAUGUUGAAAUUGUCAUUGAACAAACAAAUGAAAUUCUACCAGAUAUUAUUAAACAAGUGCAAACAACUCCAUUGCGUGGAAAAGCUAGAAAAGUUAAUCAAGAAAAUGUUAAUAUUAUUCCACAACUUGAAUCACCACCACCAGUAUCAUCUGUACAGGAAAUUGAAACAAUAACAACAAAAACGCGGGGUGGAAGAGGUAAAAAGAAAGUCGACGAGAAAAAACAAGAAGUUAAACCAACACGAGUAGCGUCGGCACGUAAUCGGAAUAAAAAGGAAGAAGUUAUCAUUCCAGAAGAAGCAAUUCCGAAAUCUUCAAAAAGAAUGACUAGAACUAAAAAUGAAGAUAUUAUUUCAAACGAAGAAGUUACAGUUCCAAUAGAAAAAAUUUCAUUACCUUCGAAAAGAACAACUAAAAAUAAAAAAGAACCAACUAUUCAAAAAGAAGAAGUUCCAGAACCUUCAAAACGUACAACCAGAAAUAAAAAACAAGACGUUAUCAUUCCGAAGGAAGAUAUUCCACAAGCUUCGAAACGAGUAACAAGAAAUAAGAAACUUGAUCAACCUAUUAUCAAUACCGAAGAAAAACCGUCAACAGUUAAAAUGCGUGCUACUCCAUCACGUAGUAAAAAGAUACUAACAAUGGAUAAAACUGAACCCAUUAUUCUAGCAACACCAAAGAAAAUCAUGACAAAAUCGAAUAAACGAAAAGGAAUCGAUGAUGCAACUGAAAAUCCAAUUGAUACUAUUCAACCUUCGUCUCCAAAACGUCGUGUUGGUCGUAAUACAAAAUCUAAAAGUGCAUCAGUAUUAGAGACUAUUGAAAUACCGCCAACGAUUGAACCAGAACUACAACAACCAAGAAUUAUGCUUACUCGAACUAGCCGCCGUGGUAAAAAAGACAUUGAAAUACCAAUAGAAAAACAAGAAGUUACUGUUUUGAAUAAAACUACUCGAACUGGUCGUGGAAAUAAAACCAGUGAACCGAUCAAUACCGAUAGUUCUACCACUGUUGCAGAUCUCGUGAUGACAUCGGUUACUGUAUCGGCACCAGUUACGUCAUCGGUAAAAACAUUAAUUUCUAAACCACCACGGCCACCUAUUGCACGAAAGAAAAAAAGCAUUGCAAUGCCACCAAUAUCUCAAACAUCUCCAUCAACACCAUCACCAACAAUAUCAAAACGUAUUCAAUCAACAUCUCCUAUUGCUGAUAAGCCAUUAUUACCAUUACCUGUUCCAACAAAUGGUGGUCGGCGUCGUCAACCACAACGUGAAGUACUUAUAACACCGCCUCGAGUAGACAAGCCUAUGCUAGAAACGUUACCCUCAAAUACUCGUAAUCUAAAGCGUACACGGUCAUCCGUAGCAAUAACACCAAAACGAGUUCGUCGUGAUGAUCUUGUUAUAGUAGCUGUGCCGAGUACACCAGGUAGAAAACGAAACGCAUGUACGUGCCAAAAACGAAGAAAUAAAAUAUGCGACAUUUGUGCAGCAGCCAUUGAAAGUUAA